AGGCGGGGCCUGGGCCUCCCAGGGUGGGCUUUGGACGGCGGUUGGUAGGCACUUCCCUGCCGCCGGGAGGAUUCCUCAGCUUCUGCGCCAGAGCGAACCCCAGCCCGGCCGGCUCCUUAGGCCGCCAUGGAGUCCAUGCUGACCGCUGGCAUCGCGAUGGCGGAGGCGCUGCAGAACCAGCUGCCCUGGCUGGAGAAAGUGUGGCUGUGGGUUACCUUUCUGGGCGAUCCCAAGAGCCUCUUCCUGUUCUACUUCCCCGCGGCCUACUAUGCCUCUCGCCGCGUGGGCAUCGCAGUGCUCUGGAUCAGCCUCAUCACCGAGUGGCUCAACCUCGUCUUCAAGUGGCUCCUCUUUGGAGACAGGCCAUUUUGGUGGGUCCAUGAGUCUGGGUACUACAGCCAGGCCCCAGCCCAGGUUCACCAGUUCCCCUCUACUUGUGAAACUGGUCCAGGCAGCCCUUCUGGACACUGCAUGACCACAGGAGCAGCCCUCUGGCCCAUAAUGACAGCCAUCUCUUCCCAGGUGGCCACUCGGGCACACAGCCGCUGGGUGAGGGUGAUGCCGAUCCUGGCUUACUGCACCUUCCUACUGGCUGUCGGUCUGUCCCGAAUCUUCCUCUUAGCACAUUUCCCUCACCAGGUGUUGGCUGGCCUGAUAACUGGUGCUGCCCUGGGCUGGCUGAUGACCCCCCGGGUGCCCGCACAGCGGGAGCUAAGCUUCUACGGGUUGACCUCUCUGGCCCUCUUGCUGGGUGCCAGCCUCAUCUAUUGGAUCCUCUUUACACUGGGCCUGGAUCUUUCAUGGUCCAUCAGCCUGGCCUCCAAGUGGUGUGAGCGGCCUGAGUGGGUGCACUUGGACAGCCGGCCCUUUGCCUCUCUGAGCCGCGAUUCAGGGGCCGCCCUGGGUCUGGGCAUCGCCCUCCACUCCCCCUGCUAUGCCCCAGUACGGCGAGCAUACCUGGGAAAUGGACAGAAGAUAGCCUGCCUUGUGUUGGCCAUGGGGCUGCUGGGCCCCCUGAAUUGGCUGGGCUACCCACCUCAGAUCAGCCUUUUCUACAUCUUCAAUUUCCUCAAAUAUACCCUCUGGCCAUGCUUGGUCCUGGCCCUUGUGCCCUGGGUGGUGCUCACAUUCAGUGCCCAGGAAGCACCACCCAUCCACUCUUCCUGACUUCAGGUGCCUCCACUCCUACAAAGCCAACACUCCGUGACCUCCACACUCCAGGAGGCAGCCCCAUCCUCUUCCAGCCCCCCAAAAGGCCCUACUCAUCUGGAAUUUCCCACUUCUCCCACCACCGGGCUUAGCUCCAAAGAAGGCCUUCCCUUUCCCAGAAAGGCUGGCCCUCCUGCCCUCUUUCCAAGUCCCCAAACAGCAAAGGCAACAGCAAGACCAGUGGGUUCCUGCAGCACUGUGAGGGGCUCAGAGUGGCCCCAAUAAAGCCCUUAAACACUU